GCUCUCCUGCAAAGACAGAAAGGAUCUUUUUUUCUUUCUUUCUUUCUGUCCUGACUGCUGAAAAUGUUUUGGAAAUUUAAGUUUUCCAAAGAUGGAGCAGAAGUUUGUGUUCGAGCCACAGCUGGAGCCGUCUGAUGUGGGCUUUUCCAUCGGAACAUUUCCUCUGUAACACUCACAGCUGUCUGAUGUGACCGUGUUUUGUUUUCACCACCUGGAAAGUCAGUUUGUGUGUGUGUGUGUGUGUGCUCUUAACUUUCCGUUAAAGAAGAGCCCCGGUUACCUGGUGGGAGGGUCAGCCCCGCCAUGGCGCACGCACAUGCGCGCACACACUCUCCCGGUGUGUCGGUGUGACCGAGGAUACAGAUGGACGUGAACAACGAAGGGACCUUCUGCGUCAUCUCAUCCGACUACCGGAGAAGCCCGGUCCGGUCCUAACCGAGGUGGUCCAGGCUACAGGCUGUGGGUGUGUUGGCACUGCAGAGACAAGUACCUGAAGAUUGGUUUGUAGACCACAUACGUGGACAUCGCCACAAUGAAUGAGCGGCAGGCUCUCCACUCUAUAAUGAAGGACCUGGUUGCCCUCCAGAUGACGCGGCGCCAGCCUGUGUUGUCUUAUGACAGCGGCAAACCCAAGACACCGGCCCAGGCCAACAGACAGGACGAUGUCAGGAUAAAGUUUGAGUUCUCAGGAGAGAGGAGGAUCCUGAUGUUUGGACGGCCUGUACAGUUCGAGGAAAUCCAGCAGAAAGUCAAGACUGUCUUUGGCCAGCAGCUAGACCUGCAUUAUAUGAACAAUGAGUUGUCCAUCCCUCUGCGAGGUCAGGAUGACCUCGACAAAGCAAUCGAUCUGCUGGAUCGAAGCUCCAACAUGAAAAGCAUCAAGAUCCUGCUGCUCACACAGGAGCACAGCAACGCCUCCUCCCCCUCUCACCACGUUCCAUGUAAACAGGUGAGGAUCAAGGCCUCCCAGUCCACUGGAGACGUCAGCACGGCGUACCAGUCCUCAGAGCCCAGAGGGCGUCAUCUAUCAACUGGUUCUCAGAACACAGGGCGUAGCUCGCCGCCUCCUGGCUACGUGCCUGAACGCCAGCAGAGGAUCGCCCGCCAAGGUUCAUACACCAGCAUAAACAGUGAGGGGGAGUUCAUCCCCGAGACCAGCGAUCAGUGUGUGCUGGAUCCCUGGAGCAGUGCAGAAAACUCUGUCUCUGGAAGCUGUCAGUCGCUGGACAGCAACUCAGACAGCCCCUCGAUGAGGAAGUCACGAAUGCACAGAGCCAAGAGUUACCCUGAUAAUCGUCAGGAGUGCUCAGACAGGGAGAAUCAUGUGUAUGACAGGGUAGCGGGGAAGGGAGGCACCUAUCCUCGUAGGUACCACGUCUCCCUGCAUCAUAAAGACCACAGCGAAGGUCGGCGAACAUUUCCACGGAUUCGUCGCCCUCAGGGGAACCUUUUUACUCUGGUGCCUUCACGACGGUCGCUCAACGGCAGCGAGGAGAGUCUUGGCAGCUGGCAGCUGGUCGACGCCCAGGGCAGACUACGUCCCCAGGAUCGCUCUGUCGCCCAUAAAUCGCCCAGCGCUCCGGUGACGUGGCGGCGGGGGAAGCUUCUGGGCCAGGGAGCGUUCGGCCGGGUUUACCUGUGUUACGAUGUGGAUACUGGGAGGGAACUGGCUGCUAAGCAGGUCCAGUUUGAUCCUGACAGUCCUGAGACCAGUAAGGAGGUCAGCGCCUUGGAGUGCGAAAUCCAGCUGCUGAAAAACCUGCAUCACGAGCGAAUUGUUCAGUACUACGGAUGUCUGAGGGAUCACAAUGAGAAGACCCUCACCAUUUUCAUGGAGUACAUGCCAGGGGGUUCAGUCAAAGACCAGCUGAAGGCCUACGGGGCUCUUACGGAAAACGUGACCCGCAAGUACACGAGACAGAUCCUGGAGGGCAUGUCCUACCUGCACAGUAACAUGAUUGUACACCGAGACAUCAAAGGUGCCAACAUCCUGCGGGAUUCAGUCGGCAACGUGAAGCUUGGAGAUUUCGGCGCCAGUAAGAGGCUGCAGACCAUCUGCAUGUCUGGCACCGGCAUCCGCUCUGUGACCGGGACCCCCUACUGGAUGAGCCCCGAGGUGAUCAGCGGAGAGGGCUACGGCAGGAAGGCUGAUGUCUGGAGCCUCGGUUGUACGGUGGUGGAGAUGCUGACAGAAAAGCCUCCGUGGGCUGAGUACGAGGCCAUGGCAGCGAUAUUCAAGAUCGCCACGCAGCCCACCAACCCGCUGCUGCCCUCGCACACCUCCGACCAGGCGCGAGACUUCAUCCGCUGCAUCUUCGUGGAGGCCAAACACAGGCCGAGCGCUGAGGAGCUGCUCAGACAUCCCUUCUCCCAGAUCUUGUGCUAAAAAAGCUGCCCGGUUUCUGAACUUUAACCCGCAGUGUAGCACAGUAGCCUCAGCAGUAUCUGUAGCGUCCUUUUGAAAAACCCAUCCGGACGUGGAACUGAUCCGGAUGUCAGCGUUAAACCCACCGCUGAGCACAUUUACAGAUGCUUCAAAGAAGAUUCAGUCUCUUCUUACGCAGAUCCAAAGGACAGCCAGUAUGUGCUCUAACGAGAGUCGCCACCAGGGGGAAACAAAACACAGGUUAAGCACCCGGUGGUGCUGCUGAUCCUCCUCAGAUACAAACACUCAUGCACACACACUCCAAACGAUGCUCUCCAAAGGCGACAACAUGGAGUAAUAACUCAUGCACCAGUUGUGUCUUCAUAAAGUAUUCACUCCAGUGUUUACAUUCACUUGUUGGGCAGUUCUGAGAAACGCCAGGAAUCCCUGAAGCGGCUAAACAUUCAGCUGAGCAUCAUUUUAAAAGACACAGCAGGCCUAAAGCUCAAACUUUGCCCAGUGUAUGUUUAACACCACUGGUGCACUACAGUGUUAAGUGGACAGGAUUUUUCUGUUUUUUUCCAUCUUUGAUGACGCCGUUUAUCUCUGUCCCCCCUUUUUUAUUUUUUUUUAAACAAAGAAAACUCCACCCUCAGAGCUAUAACUCAACUAUAACUGCUAAAAUCUACUUAAGCUAUUUGUGAUGCAGUGAUUGCAUUUCAGGCUUCAUGUUUUGCAUCGACCGGGUGAAAAAUAGAUGAAUUGAUGUCAUGUGGAGAUAUGUCUUGAGUAGCUACACUGGAGUUUAAUAGCAGAGGAAUGUUCAUCUGUUGAAAACAUCAAUAGUAAAUGAGCCAGAGCGUGUUUUGGUUUCAGAAUUCAGGCAUCAUUUAAUAAUGGUUUAGUAAUCUUACAAGAAGAAAUUCAUGAUAAGAGCCAAAUACACAAAUUUCUCUGCUGACAGUAGCUUCAGUAGUUCAUAAUGCACCACAGUUUGUUUUUCUUCUGUGUCACCAGUACAGUCACACGUCUAAGCAUCCUUUUCUCUGAAAAAUGAAAGUUACCUGUCGAUAUUUGAAACAACACUUAGCUCUGUUCUGAAGGUAUUUCCAUGAAUCCCAGAGGUUCUUCCGAUAAUCUGGAUGAAAAAUUCUUCUUUCUGCUGCACAACAGAAAAAGAUAUUUAACCCUUUUUUUCCCAAAAUUGUUUCCUAAUUCAGGCAGCUGGAAAUGACAUUUCUCCUUGCUCUUUUUUUGUAAAACAAAAGAAAACUUUGUGUGUACACAAAUAACAAAGUAACAUCAAAAAAAGACAAUUAGAAUUUAGACUUUGGUCGUAUAAAUUACCAUCAUCCAUCAUCUUUAUCUGGAUUAGAAAACAGAGUUACAACUUGAGAAACGGGUUAAAAAAUCGCAGCAAACUGAAUUUGUUUUUCAUCCAGACGGUUAGAAAAGUCUUCAGGAUUCUGUAAAUACCUUCAGGACGGAGGUUAGUUGUGUUAAAUGACCUGUUAGGUUUUUUUUUAUAAGAUCAUAAAGUAUUUAUUUUUCUGGGAAUCAGAUGCUCUGUGAAUUUAAUGUAGUGUUGCUACAUGAGGGGCAUAAAACUGGCGGCUGUAAGACUCAAGAUUUGAGUCAAAGUUAUUAAAUUUUCUCCACAGAAAAAAAA